AUGUCGAAUCCCCCUUCGUCCAACGCAGGGGUCGGCAGCGCGCCCUCCACCGCCGACGACUCUGCGCCCACAAUCACUGCCAACACCAAGGCGCCGGCCAAUUUUCCUCCUCCCAAGACGGACAAGCCUCGCCCGCACCGACACGAGCGCUGCCACACCAAGGAGAAACCUUUCGAGUGUCCCGAAUGCGCACAAUGCUUUUCCCGCCGCGAUCUGCUGCUGCGUCACGAGCAGAAGUUGCACCAGACCUCGACCCCGUUGUCCCGUCCCCGCAAUCAUCGCGAGUCUGCCUGCGGCGUCGCCCCCGGCCAGAGCCGAGCUGGCAAGAAUAGCGUCGCAGGACCUAACCUAGCUGCAUCCGAUGCGUCGGCCACUUCCAUGAGGCCGCGGGCAAACACUAUUAGCCAUGUCGACGACAGCGCGAUACAGAUGAUUGCUGCUGCGAAUGCCUCCGUCGCACGAGGCAUCCCCCCGACCCAGACCCAUAGCCGACACCCGAGUUUGGCCGUUUUGCCCAUCAACAGCUUGGACCAUGUCUUUGGUGGCAUGUCAGCAGCCAUGGGACAGCGAGGGGUGCAGCACGGGCUAUCCAAGCUUGAGACGCGCACCUUGGGCGGCCUCGAGUUCAGCAACGGCCCGCGGACAGCGCCGCCGACGGCCGCCUUCAACACCGAAUUCGACUUUGAGAGCCUCCUCUUCGGGCCGGGCUCGACGACAAACCCCAAUGCCCUCCAUUACAAUGAUUCGCCGCAAUCGAUGGCCUUGGAACAGGCCUCACUGUUUGCGCCGUCCUAUAAUGAGAUGCCCUUGAGUCAUACCCUCGACGAUAGUUUUAAAUGGCUGACUGGAUUCGAGCAUCAGAUGUUCUUUCACACGAACGAAGACUUGGUGGACGGAUCUAGUCCGUCCACCAUCAGCACGACGAGCCAGAGCGGGAUAAGCGAUGUUAUGUUGGAUGGUUCGAACCACCCCGCGCCCGCCGAGACGAGUACCAUGUGGCAAUCCUCCGUGAUGGGCCCUCCACAGAUGCCGAAUCCGUUUGCGAUGGGUCUAAAUGGCUAUGUCUUCCCGGAUCUCUUGAAUGGGGUGCCUUUGUCACCUCAGCCAGCUUCUCAAAAGAUGAAUGACCCUUACUUCUUUACGCCUUCGCCGAGCUCGUUAACCCCGUCCGUCGUUCGUCAGACCCUUGGCUUCAACGCCGGCCCGAAGACGCCCUCCUCCCUCCACAGUGAAAGCCACGGUGCCUCGGCCGUAACCACCACAGAUGCCACGCGGAGUGCCAUUGUGAACACCUAG